ACUCUAUGCUUAAAUUGGCUUACGACAAAAUGGCGGCUCCCUCGGUGAAUGUUUGUGUUGAAUCUGUAAUUGAGCAUCAAAUACAAGAAGUCAACUACGAUGGGCAAGAAAUUUAUGUUGCCCCAUUGUCCAUGUCAGAAAACCUGAGCAAGCUUGCGUACAAGAUAGAUUUUUUCAAAGAUGAAAGUGAGGAGAAAGGCAAGCCUACGUCAGAGGGAGAAAAAGAGACGGAUGAGGAUAAAGUCUUGGCACCUUUUCAACCCUCUCUGUGGCCUUGGGAUUCCGUGAGGAACAAGCUGAAAGGGGCGUUGACGGAGAUGAGUGUCCUCUAUGAUGUCCUCAACAUCGCCAAGGAGAAACACUACAUGGUCACCGACCCCGUAUCGCAGGAAGCGCCCGAGCUCAAGGCGUCGCUGCAGAUGUUGGCCAAGAAGAAGAGUCUAGUGGCUGCGUCCCAGAUUUUAUCGGCUGGAGCGGAGCGGCUGAAGCGUGUCCAGGCGGAGAUGGCAUCCAACACACAGGAGAACUUCUUGAUGGAGCUGCUCAAACUGCGCAAACUGUGGCGCCUCAAGAAAGUCCACAACACCAUCCUCGGGGAGCUGAGCUACAAGUCGGCCGGCUCCCGCUUCUGGCAGGGAGGGACCUUCGAGGUGCUCAAGACCUCGGACCUCGUGGCCGAAGGGGAGGUCAACACGAGGAGCAGCAGUCUGGACGUGAGCAUACCCAGCGAGCUGGAGGGUGUGGCGUACAUCCAAGUGGAGGUCAAUGACGUGCCCAACCUGAUGGACAUCACCAGCGCCACCCUCAAGAUGCCGGCCGGUCUGGGCACCAUGCCACCUGAUGCCUACUGGCAGCAGAGACUGGAGGUGGCCCAGAACGUUCUCUUUUGUAAAGAGCUCUUUGCUCAGCUGGCCAGAGAAGCAGUGCAGAUCAAGGGCAGCACGCCACACAUGGUCAUCGGGAAUCAGAUCCUCACCAACGUCUUUCCUGGAGUCCAACUGUCCAUCAUCCUUUGUCACUACACGGGCAAAGAGAAGAAGGUGGCGCUGUCCUCCCACAAACUGGAGCACAACCACGUGCUGGAGCACUCACUGCACCAACUGCUGCGUCGCGUGCAUGACCGUAACCUCAACUACAGCCCCCCACACCCCGUCAACGCCAUGCUGGGCAUGACCAAGCGCCGCCGUCUGGCCGGCCCCGUGGCCACCUCGCGACAAGAGCUCAUGGAGAUGUCGCACAGCGAAUCGUUGCUGGAACAAAUUUUGAAGCAGACGAAGCACUCUGUCCUCCGCUUACGAACAAUGCGUGUGAUCGACCAGCUGGCGGUGACCAUCCAGGACCCCCAGAUCUGUGCCCACUGGAGCUGUCUCAACAACAGCCUCGAGUCCAGCGUACGCAUCAGCUUCACAUGCUACGGCUACGAGAUCAUCAGAAAUUCCCUGGUUCUACUCAUCGGGACGGACUCGAUCCGCGUCGUGAUGAAGGACGGCCGCGUGUGCUCCUUGUCCUUCGAGGUCACAGAACUGCGUGACCUCAUCCAGUGGCAGAUUUGCCAGCACCAGACGAUGUGUGUGCUGCACCUGGCCAAAGUCCAGGGCUGGACGGUCCUGUCCAUGAUCAACAACAGUGGCCACGCAGACAUGGAGGCUUACGGCACUUCCUCCACCGUCAUGCUGGCUUCCCCCAGGGGCAAUGUCACCAUGGCAUUCCACAGUAACCCGGUGAGUGGCCAGCGUCUGGCCGUGAAGAAGGCGGAGCUGGGCGGGGAGGUGCACGGUUCACCGGCCGUCACCGCCGCAAAGUGGGCUGGGCUCUCAGGGGACUACGAGGAGGUGAAUCUACAGCAGCUGGAAGGUCGCAAUCUGGUGGGCAAGAUCGACAUGCUGAUGGCGAGACUCAACACGAGUUGAUCCACCUCACAGAUCGACAUACUGGAUCGGACAUUUACUUCUGCUGCAAAGUGUCUGCUCGCUUUUUUAUCACCACAAAAUCAAGACUGCAUUAUCAAACUACUGGACUAAUGUACUUGUAGUCUUGGCCGGUGACCUUAGAGUCGAGACUGUGUCGACAAACUACUGGACGAAUGUACUUGUAGUCAUGGCCAGUGACCAAUCACCAUAAAGUCGAGACUGUGUCGACAAACUGCUGGACUAAUGUUCUUGUAGUCAUGGACGGUGACCAUAGAGUCAAGACUGUGUGGACAAACUACUGGACUAAUGUUCUUGUAGUCAUGGACGGUGACCAUAGAGUCAAGACUGUGUGGACAAACUACAGGACUUGUGUACUUGUAGUCGUGGCCGGUGACCGUAAAGUCGAGACUGUGAGGACAAUUUAGCCGAGUGGAGUACUUGUGGUUGUGGAGGGUGAGCUUGUCCUAGGAGACCUCUGUGUGUGUAUACAGAGAGAGGUGUAUCUAGGUCACUUGUCAUGUCGUGGCACUGGACAGACGGGCGAGAGCUCAGCCGUUGCUGGAUCAGCGACAUCAACGACAUCUCACUGUCUGGACUGUGGUGUUCUGCAGCAGCUGCUGUACAGCCAGUUGUGAUCGAGGAAAGACUCCUGCGAUAAACUUCCUGUCUGAGUUUUGUGCUCGAGUGACUGGUUCAUGAUCUUCUGUGGCUGCAGGGAAAUGCGUUCUGACUGGCAGGAAAACUGUUGAGGUUCUCACUUCAGUACACAUUGCUUGGUGGAGACUGGGGGACAAGAGUGAGUGUAUGUGCUGCUGACCGUACGUUGUGGAGUGUAGUGUUGCCUCAAGCAUGCUGGGACAAUGACAGUGUGGUACCCACUUUGGUCUACUGUUGACAGUACAGAGCUGGGUCAGACAGGGACAAGAACGUUCAUGCCUGUGGGAUGUUUGCGUUAUAUACCCGGUGCACGCUGCAAAUCAGAUCAGUCGAUUUGAGUCGAGGCCAGCCACAUUUUCCUUCAUGGAUGGAGCAAAAGCUUCCGUUUUAUUGGCACAAUAUGACCUAAUUCAACUUGAUUUGACUGCAGAAUUUAAAAUUUCAAGGUCACAAGUCAAAUCGGUUGUAAUGUGCCAAAAUGGUAGCCUUUGCCACUGUAAUGAAGGGCAAUCUGGCCAGCCCUGACUCAGAUGGAUGGGUCUGAUUUGCUGCGUGCACUGGGGCAUUUCGCUUCACGGGAUUGGCGGUCGGAGCUAUGUACUUUACCCACUGACUUGUCUGGUCUGUCCACAGUCUUAUGUUGUAGGAUUGUCUGGUAUAUAUGUGAACAGUCUUAUGUUGUAGGAUUGUCUGUCCCGUGAACAGUCUUAUGUUGUAGGGUUGUCUGUCCCGUGAACAGUCUUAUGUUGUAGGGUUGUCUGUCCCGUGAACAGUCUUAUGUUGUAGGGUUGUCUGUCUGCUAUAUAUGUGAACAGUCUUCUGUUGUAGGAUUGUGUGUCUGCUAUAUAUGUGAACAGUCUUAUGUUGUAGGAUUGUCUGUCUGCUAUAUAUGUGAACAGUCUUAUGUUGUAGGAUUGUCUGUCUGCUAUAUAUGUGAACAGUCUUAUGUUGUAGGAUUGUCUGUCUGCUAUAUAUGUGAACAGUCUUAUGUUGUAGGGUUGUCUGCUAUGUCAACGGUCUUAUGUUUUUGGAUUAACUGCUCUAUGAACAGUCUUAUAUCGGAUUGCUUGCUUUUUGAACCGUCUUAUGAACAAUGUUGGGAGUGGGAGUGAAUCUUGUUUGGGAAUAUUGUCCUUGGCAGGCAUUUCUUGUGAACGACGUUGGCAUGUGAUUGCGUGAGGUGGCAGUUACCAAUGAAAAGUCAACGGUCAACUACUCUUGGGUCCUGAAUUUGCAGCUCAAUAAAAUGUCCGUGGGAAUGUGUGUGCAUGUGUAUGAAUGUUUGUACAAGUGUAUCGACUGUUAUUUUGAUUCUUCUUUGCAUUUUGUAAAGUUUUCCAGAAAAUUUUGCACUUAUUUUUAUUGAUGGGAUGUGAGGGCUUCAACUUCAAUAGUCUUUAUAAGACUUUUUAUUUUCAUUGUAGGGUUUUGCUUGAUCUUUUCCCCAUGUCUGAGGGGAAAAGCUUUUUCAUUCGUUCACAAUUUUGAAGCUUUGUGGAUAAUGUUAGAGAGAGUGAAUUCUCUUGUGUCUGGAUCAUUCUGGAGAAAUAAAAUGUUGGCCUACAUCUUUA